AUGAUGAAUGGACCCAGCCAGAAGGGGAGAACAGAAAUUACCAAGAAAUCAAAGGAAUUUAUGACACCAGCUGUAGCAGACGAAAAGGACGGAACCAUCCAGCGCCAGACCCUGAUCAUCGAAAGCCAGGCCCAUCAAAUAAAAGAGCUGACUGAGACCAUGAAAUCAAAGGAAUUGAUGACACCAGCUGUAGCAGACGAAAAGGACAGAACCAUCCAGCGACAGACCCUGAUCAUCGAAAGCCAGGCCCAUCAAAUAAAGGAGCUGACUGAGACCAUGAAAUCAAAGGAAUUGAUGACACCAGCUGUAGCAGACGAAAAGGACAACCAUCCAGCGACAGACCCUGAUCAUCGAAAGCCAGGCCCAGCAAAUAAAGGAGCUGACUGA